AGAGUGAGGCGGAUGCGGAUGAUGACGACCCUCAACGGCCUAACCCCGAAGGACCGCAGAACGACGGAACCGAAGCUGGUGAUACCCACGGUCCAUCUGCAGCCAGCGAUGCAGCACCACAAGCAGCAAAAGCAAUCGCCGCUCAAACAAAUGGUACGGUGACACCUGGCGACAGUGACGGCAGCAACGCGGUCUCCCACACCACCUCCCCUCUUUUGCUUCUUGUUGUUGUGUGUGCGGCUGCUGCUGCGGUGGUGGCCGCGUGA